GACGUGUGUGUGUGUGCGCGCAUGUGGGUGUGUUCAGGUGUGAGCGUUGGCCUUGGAGCUGGACUCGGAGAAAGAAGUCAGCACCCGGACAGUGUGGCAGGCAAAGAGCAGGUCAGAGCUCAGUAAGGGGGCCCUGACCGCUAACCAUGGGGCCAAAGCACUAAAGGGCCCCCAUAGAGAAAUAUAAAACAAGAAAUAGGAACGGAACAUAAGCAAGAAGGAGAAGAAAAGACAAAAAGACAAAAACAACAAAAGACUGAAGGACAAUGGUUGCAGAGGAAGUGAUAAUUUCAUUAUCUGGUGGAGCACCAUGGGGGUUUCGUCUCCAGGGAGGAGUGGAACAUCAGAAACCGCUCCAGGUGGCUAAGGUGCGUAAACGCAGCAAGGCAUGCAGAGCUGGGCUGCAGGAGGGUGACGAGCUGUUGUUCAUCAAUGAACAGCCAUGUGAAACACUGUCCCAUGCCCAGGCUAUGAACCUAAUUGAUGGCUCAACUGGAAUAUUACACAUCCGGGUCAAAAGAGCACCUGUAGGUUUUCAGUCUGUGGUGCUUGUGACCCGCGCGCCAUCUCCCCGUAUAGACAAAGAGUACCGUGCUGCUUUGCGUACCAUGUCACCCAACCAACCCCAUCAUGCACCUGUCCGGGAGGUCCAUUGUAGCCGCUCUUCCCUGACCAGUGGUUUGACAUCUCCACCUGGCAGUGAGGCCUACUAUGGUGAGACUGACAGUGAUGCAGAUGUGGCAGGCUAUGAGAGGCAGCGCCGACAGAAACGCCGCAGUCCCAGUAACUCCACCCCAGGGAAACCGACAGGACGAGCCUCUCCUGAGGGCGGGGAGACAUCGGAGAUGAGCGGCUAUGACAGCGCUCCAGAUGCACACGUCUACCCUCCUUUGUUGGAUAAACGAGGGGGAGAUGGAAAUGAAGGAGGAGGGCUACCAGGGGUGGCAAGGAGGGAAGUGAUUUAUCAGCCUCCUGGUCCAGGAACGUGGUCCUCCCAGACAUCCACUGAGACCUCCUCCAUUAUCUCCUCAGCAGAUGACCAGGGACCGCGGGAUGGAGGGCAAGAGGAGGACAGUGGCUUUCUGGAACCAGCCAACGUGCCUCUGGUUUCCCCUGAGAGGGCAAAGGAGGCACUGAUGCUGGGCUAUUAUGAUUAUUUAUUUAAUUGGAAGUUACUGAGCUUUUUACUCUGA